AUGAAAAUACCUGAUUAUCCCAAUCGAAAUCGACAACCGUAUCUUAAUCAAGAUUACUACUCAUCUUUCUCAUCCAUACCAGCCACAUCCCAAGUCAUAGAUCCUUCAACCCUUAUACUAGAAGAUUUAAUAUUAAAUUCAUUCCCAACUGCAUUCAUUCCUCCACCUACUAAAGUCUUACAUCGUCGUGCUGAUGAAACUGCAACUGAAACCUCAUCCCAAGAUUAUCCCACUGAUUCAAAAGGUUGUUUAGUAUGUCCCACCACUGUUGGUACUUGUCCUUCUUGUACCGGUAAUACCGUUUGUCAACAACGUACUCUUACAUGUCAUCAAUGUCCUGAAUUUUAUUGUGCUCCCGCUGAUAAUGGUACUUCUAAAUCAGUCCCCAUUGGAGGAAUUGUAGGUGGGGUCAUUGGAUUCAUUGUCAUUUGUGGUCUUUUGGCCGGUUAUUAUUAUUAUAAUUAUGUAUAUAGAAAAAAACAUCCUGCUUUAAUGUCUGAUGAUGAUAUGUCUUAUGAUGAAGAUGGUAAUCCUAUUGAUGAUGAUGAUCAAGCCAUGAUGAUGAAUGAUAUUCAUGAUGGUGAUCUUGAUGAUGAUGAUCAUAGUGAUUAUAAAGGUAUUGAUCCUAAUAAUGUUGGUAAUACUAGUAGUAGUGCUAAUAAUUCAAGUGCUAGUGAUUCAUUUAUAAAUGGAGGUAAUAAUACUAAUUCUACCAAUCAAAAUUUAGAAAAACCAGUGACAAGAAGAACUAAUAGUGGAGGUAUAAUAGCUAAUCCAUCAGCUGCCAAAUCAAAAGCAAGAAGAAGAUUAUCAUCUUAUGAAUCAUUUACAAAACCUCAAUAUAGAAAUAAAGCCAAUAAUGCUAAUAAUAAAGGAGGUAAUACCAAACAAAUGAAUCAAGCCUUACAAGCGGCUCAAAGAAGAGCAAGACAACGAGAAAUUGUCCUUCGUGCCAAUGAACAACAACAACAACAACAACAAAAUCAAAAUCAACAAUCAUCAUUGGAACAUAGUGUUUAUUUGGAUUCUAAUUCCAGUAAUAGAAAUUCUGUCGCCACUUCCUUUUCAACUACAAAUGCAUCUAAUAUCUUACCUAUUGCUUAUAUUCCAGGGGUAACUGUUCGACCUACUGUUAAUAAUACUAGAUCAAUUUAUUCUUAUGAUAGUGAAUCAUUAUUUUCCGAUUUAAAUACCAUUGAAAAUGCAUCGAUUAUAGGUGAUGUUAGAAGAAGUCAAUUUGAUAGUAGUACAACAUUAGCUCCUGGGUCUGGUGCCAGUGGUCCAAAUAGUAAUAAUAGUAGUAGUGAUGAAGUUAAUAGUGGUAGUUCCAGUGAUAAUAGUGGAACCAUGACUGCUAUUAAAGCUCAACCAAGAUUGGUUAAUGUCGAUAGAAUUGAAGAAGAAGAGGAGGAAGAAGUUACCGAUGAUGAAGAUGAUGAUGAAAGUUUGGAUAAUGAAGGUACGUUCCGAAGUGAUACUGAUGGAGAUUAUAAAAAACUUGGAGGUGAUUCAACUAUGAAUAAUUCUACCAGUAAUAUUAAUACUUCAACGUUAACUAAUUUUAUUAUUAAUGAAGAAGAUGAUGAUGAUGAAGAUUCUGAUGUUGAUUCUGAUAUUGGAGAAAUUACCAGAGCUACCAGUGUUAGAAAAAAGAAAAGAUCAAGUGGUACUGCCGCCACUAAUUCUACUUCUGGUAAUAAUAGUUCUAGUAAUGUUCAACCUGAUCGAGAAAUCUUAUUAGAUAUCGCUUCCCAACAUAAUACCAAUAGUUUAGCUAGUUCCCAAUUCCAACCUCCUCAUUCACUUCAACCACUUCAAACUUCAACUUCACCUCAUGGAUCAUUUGUCCUUGAUGUUGAAAUGGAUAAUAGGAAAGUAAGACCUCAAUCUGAUGAAAGUGGAGAACGAAGUCCAUUUGAAGAUCCAUCGGAGGAUUGA